UUUCUAGGAACCAGAGAGCCCGGUGGGCUGCGCGGUGGGUCGGCUUUAAGGUGUUGGUUUAUUCGCUGUGUGUGAAGAAGUGUUGGGGUUGGAUUGUCGGGAGAAGGUCCGUAUGGGCUCGGACCUCCCCGCUACCCCCUCACCCCUACGCCUUCUGAGUGGGUCUCGGCAGGAGGCGGUAUCCACUGGGGACAUGUGUGAGGGAGGCGAAGUACGAAGACACCUGCGGCUGACUGCGCACAGGUAGAAUUCUCUGCUACCAGUGAUGUUCAGAUAAACUUCAGUGAAAUGACUCUUCAGGAAUUGGUGCAUCAAGCUGCCUCCCGUUAUUCGGAUAAAAUAGCUGUAUGUUUUGAUGAAUGUAACAACCAGCCUCCAGUUUAUUACACCUACAAGACUGUGGUUAACGCUGCUUCAGAAUUAUCAAAUUUUCUGCUGUUACAUUGUGACUUUCAAGGAAUUCGGGAAAUUGGUCUGUACUGCCAUCCUGGGAUAAACUUACCCUCUUGGAUUUUAGGAAUUCUCCAAGUCCCGGCUGCUUAUGCACCUAUUGAUCCAGAUUCACCACCAGCAUUAUCAAUUCAUUUUAUGAAAAAAUGUAAUCUAAAGUAUAUCCUUGUUGAAAAACAGCAAAUUAAUAAAUUCAAAUCUUCCUAUGAAACAUUAUUGAACUAUGAUAUGUUUACAGUAGAACAUAACGACCUAGUACUCUUCAGACUUCACUGGAAAAAUGUUGAGGUGAGCUUGAUGCUAAAUAAUAGCAUAAGAAGAGAGACAUAUGAAAAAGAAAAAAUGACAGAGAGCAUGAAUUCUGAGAACAGCAGUGAAGAAAAGGCAGAAGAGCACAUGGAUGUGAGGCUAAAGCAUUGCUUGGCCUAUGUUCUCCAUACAUCAGGCACUACGGGAAUACCUAAGAUUGUCAGAGUCCCUCAUGCAUGUAUAGUGCCAAACAUCCAGCACUUCCGGGUGCUUUUUGAGAUCACUCAAGAAGAUGUUUUGUUUCUGGCUUCACCUCUGACCUUUGAUCCUUCUGUUGUGGAAAUAUUUGUUGCUCUAUCAAGUGGUGCCUCUCUGCUUAUUGUACCAACUUCUGUCAAAGUGCUCCCGUCAAAAUUAGCUGCUGUUCUCUUUUCCCAUCACAGAGUGACUAUUUUACAGGCAACACCGACAUUGCUUAGAAGAUUUGGAUCUCAGCGUAUCAAGUCAACUGUUUUAUCAACCAAUACUUCUCUUCGAGUAUUGGCCCUUGGUGGCGAAGCAUUUCCAUCAUUAACUGUUCUCAAAAGCUGGAGAGGAAUAGGCAAUAAAACACAAAUAUUUAAUGUUUAUGGUAUCACAGAAGUAUCAAGUUGGGCGACUUUUUACAGGAUACCAGAGAAAAUUCUUAACUCUACUUUGAAAUGUGAAUUGCCUGUACAACUGGGAUUUCCACUGCUUGGAACAGUAGUUGAAGUCAAAGAUACUAAUGGUUUCACAGUUCAAGAAGGCAAUGGCCAAGUAUUUUUAGGUGGCCGAAAUAGAGUAUGUUUUCUUGAUGAUGAAAUGACAGUACCACUUGGCACAAUGAGGGCCACAGGAGACUUUGUGACUAUAAAAGAUGGAGAGAUAUUUUUCUUGGGACGAAAGGACAGUCAGAUCAAACGUCAUGGCAAACGUCUUAACAUUGAACUUGUGCAACAGGUUGCUGAAGGUCUUCAACAAGUGGAGUCUUGUGCAGUUACAUGGUAUAAUCAGGAAAAAUUAAUUUUGUUCAUGGUGUCCAAAAAUGAUUUAGUAAAGGAUUACAUCUUUAAAGAACUGCAGAAACAUCUUCCAAGUCAUGCAAUCCCGGAUGAGCUUGUGUUGAUUGAUUCUCUACCAUUUACAUCUCAUGGCAAAAUUGAUGUUUCUGAGUUAAAUAAGAUUUAUUUAAACUCCAUAGACUUGAAGUCUGAGUGUAAACUCAAUGGAAAAGAGGAACUUUGGGAAAAAUUACAUCAUUUGUGGAAGUCUGUUCUGAGUCUCUCAGAAGACCCUUUGAAGGUUCCUGAUGAGUCACUCUUCUUAAAUAGUGGUGGAGAUUCUUUGAAGUCCAUACGGCUCCUCAGUGAGAUUGAAAACCUUGUUGGCACAUCAGUACCUGGGCUUCUGGAAAUUAUUCUUAGCAGUUCUAUUUUAGAGAUUUACAAUCACAUCCUUCAAACAGUGUUUCCAGAUGAAGAUCUGACAUUUAGCAAGAAUUAUGCCACAAAAAGAAAAUACAGCGAUGUUAAUCAAGAGGAAACCAGUGGAAAAUCUUUACAUCAGGAAUCUGUCAUGCCUUUAAAUUGUGACAGCGAGAUCAAUGCUUUUAUUGCACUGAGCCGAGGGAGUCAGAUUUUGUCUCUGAAUACUACUAGGUUUUUAACUAAGUUGGAACAUUGCCCUUCAGCCUAUUCUUCUGAUUUAAUUUCACAGACUAACAUUCAAAAUAUGAAAAGCUUAACUCCUCCAGCUCUUAUUGGGAAGUCAAAAGAUACGUCCUGUGUUGCAGAAGUUUCUGAAGAGGAAACAUCUGUGAUGGGGGCUGAAAAAAUGGAGUUUCAUGUGAGGUGGAGGUCAGACACAGGCAAAUGUGUGGAUGCUUCACCUCUGGUUGUAAUACCAGCUGUUGAUAAGUCAUCUGCGACUGUGUACAUUGGCUCCCAUUCUCAUAGAAUGAUGGCAGUUGAUCUUUACUCUGGAAAGGUGAAAUGGGAACAGAUUUUGGGAGAUCGCAUUGAAUCCUCAGCAUGUGUAUCUAAGUGUGGAGACUUUAUUGUGGUGGAUACAUACUAUCAUGUAACCACUACCACAAUCAAGAGUCCACUGCUCCAGGGACUUCCCUGGUGGUGCAGUGGUUAAGAAUCUGCCUGCCAAUGCAGGGGACACAGGUUUGAUCCCUCGUCUGGGAAGAUCCCACGUGCAGCGGAGCAACUAAGCCCGUGCGCCACAACUACUGAGCCUGUGCUCUAGAGCCCAUGCGGCACAACUACUGAAGCCCGCACGCCUAGAGCCCGUGCUCUACAACAAGAGAAGCCACUGCAUUGAGAAGCCACUGCAUUGAGAAGCCCGUGCACCGCAAGGAAGAGUAGCCCCCGCUCCCCGCAACUAGAGAAAGCCCGUGCGCAGCAACGAAGACCCAACACCUCCAAAAUAAAAAAAAUAUAUAUAUAUAUGUGCAUAUAGUAGCACUUCACUGUGAGCAUUACAUGAGUUAAUAGAUAUAAAAUUCUUAGAGUAGUAUCCUUCACAAGGUAAAAGGUCAAUAAACAUUUGGUCAUUGUUAAUGUUAGCAUUUCUGGAACACCUACUAUGUACUGGGCAUUCAUCCUAAUUAUCACAGUAACCCUGAUGUAGAUGUAUCCACAUUCAGCAGAAAGAUAAUCUAGGCCCAGCGAUGCUAGGUAAUUUGCCCAAAGGAUGGCCAUGACAAGAUCUGAAUCCAGGUCUGUCAAAGCCUCUUUCUGCUGCAACAUGCUCAUGUUCACUGUUUUCCUGGUAGUGAAGCACUUUAUGGUACUUUUUUUAAAAUGUAAGGUGUACCUACUAAAUAGGUUUUUUACACAAAUGGUUGCUGCUUUGCUGAAAUGUAAAUCGAGCCAGACAUAGAGCCUAAGUACACAUGAAGAACAUCGAAUAUAUAUUGUCAUGACUUAAGCCAAAUAAUUAUUUUCCAGUGACAUAUG